CGAGAGUUUGACAAGCAAAUUGAGAAGUGUGAGCCAAUGUAGACGACAGCAAAAGCAGACAGCAAAUUCGAUACCGUGCGCGACACGCCAGACAUCGGCAGCCGCAGCAGGGUAAUGUCGAAUAGUGACUGCGUUCAAUCUACAGCCAUUAGCCUGAACAAGGCUAUAAAUCCCCAACUGCUCAAAAAGAAUUCAAGUCGGAGAAAGCCUUGGGCUCAGCUACGAAAAAAAUUCUGCUGUAAAUGCCUCGAACAGAGGCGUUUGAGUUCAGAUAUCACUCCCCGCACAGAUGCGGUAGGUGGUUCGUCGACAAAGAGAAGCCUCUCUCGACACCAGGGCUGGUUUUACACAACGCAGCUAGUGUGUCGUGUAAUUUGCAUCACAGGCCCACUUUGCGGAGGGGCAAUUACAGAUUUCUAUUAUGAUCGCUAUUAGAUGGGUUAUGACAAAGGAAAGCGACAGCAAAAAAUGACAAAAAAAAU